AUGAACAUGAAAGUAGAAAAGGAAAAGACAGAAAAACCUCCACCCUCCAAACCAAAAACUUCACCCUCUAAACCAAAAGCCCUCCCUAAAAAGGAAGGUGAAGAACAGAAAACUAUAAAGAUUCAGGCCUGGUGGCGGGGCACCCUGGUGCGCAGGACACUGCUGCAUGCAGCACUCAGAGCGUGUAUCAUUCAGUACUGGUGGAGACAGAGGCUGGAAGGGCUACUGGAGAAGAAGCGAUUGUCUGUGCUAGAGUAUUAUGCUCGGGAAAAAUGGGCAGUGAUCAAGCUACAGUCCUGGGUUCGCAUGUGGUGCAUCCGGGUUCGUUACUGCCGUUUGCUCCACGCUGUCCGCAUCAUCCAAGUCUACUGGCGCUGGCAUAAUUGCCAUACCCGUGGCAUUUUUAGGGGCAGCUAUGAACUCACAGCAAGCCAGCUGGGACUUGAGCUUGAGAUCUGUCUGGAAUCACACAUCUGUCGGAUUACGGACUGCAUCCCCUUCCCAAUAAAGAACUGA